AUGCGGGAUAGCUCUCUUAAGCGCUCUCUCGGGGUGGACCUCACCCGCUCCCUCAAAGAGUCACGCGUUCUUCUCGUCGGCGCAGGCGGCAUCGGCUGUGAGCUACUGAAAAACCUCGUCCUCACCGGGUUCGGCGAAAUCCACAUUAUCGACCUUGAUACCAUUGAUUUGAGCAAUCUUAAUCGUCAGUUCCUUUUUCGACAUGAACAUAUCAAGAAAUCAAAGGCCUUAGUUGCCAAGGAAGUUGCGCAAAAGUUCCGGCCUGACACAAAGCUCGAGGCCUACCAUGCGAACAUUAUGGAUGCCCAAUUCAACAUCUCGUGGUUCGAGUCCUUCAAUGUCGCGUUUAAUGCGCUGGACAACAUCGCCGCGAGACGACAUGUGAACAAGAUGUGCCUAGUAGCCAACGUACCCUUGAUCGAAAGUGGAACUACAGGCUUCAAUGGCCAAGUUCAAGUCAUUCAGAAGUCCCAAACCGAGUGCUAUGAUUGCACCCCGAAACAAACCCCCAAGUCAUUCCCCGUGUGUACGAUCCGCAGCAACCCUACUCAGCCGAUUCAUUGCAUUGUUUGGGCGAAGAGCUUCCUUUUGCCGGAACUUUUCGGCGAUAGUGAAGAUGAGACACCGGAGAUCGAUAAGACAGAAAACGCAGAUAAUGCAAACGAAAUUGCGGAACUGCGCAAGGAAGCCCUUGAGCUCAAAGAGUUGCGACAAUCCAUUGGCACCGAGGAAGCCUACCAGAAGGUCUUCGAUAAAGUUUUUCGAUUGGACAUAAUAAGAUCACAGGACAUGAAGGAAAUGUGGAAGGAAACGGAGCCCCCGGAGGCCCUUAACUUUGCUCAACUCCAAGAAGAAUCCAAUUCCAUUGCCCCGACCAUCUCCACCAAUGACCAGAAAGUGUGGACGUUGGGGGAGAAUUUUAGCGUUUUCAAAGAUAGCCUGAACCGGCUUACCCAUCGUCUGAAGCAACUUCAAGAAAAACAUCUCCCAGAUCAAGAACCCCCCAUUUUGACAUUCGACAAAGAUGAUGUGGACACUUUGGACUUCGUUACCGCGGCGGCUAAUCUUCGAGCUGCUAAUUUCCACCUUGAACUCAAAUCCAAGUUUGAUGUCAAACAGAUGGCGGGCAAUAUCAUUCCUGCCAUUGCAACCACCAAUGCCAUGACAGCUGGGCUAUGUGUUCUUCAGUCAUUAAAGGUGUUUCAAAACAACUUGAUGCAUGCCAAAAUGGUCUUCCUAGAGAGAUCCGGUGCCCGUGUGAUCAAUUCAGAGUCAUUGAAAGCCCCAAAUCCCAAUUGCUCUGUCUGUUCCCCUGUGAUAGCUCGUGUCGAAAUUGACUCUGAGCUAGCAACGCUUGAACACCUCAUCCACGAUGUUCUUCAGAUGGAGCUUGGUUAUGACGGAGGGGUUUCCCUUGCUGUUGGCAGUCUAAUGAUUUAUGAUCCCGAUUUCACCGACGAUUUGAAGACAAAGUUAUCUGACCUAGGCAUCAAGAAUGAGAGCUUCAUAAGAGUAAAAGAUGAGGAAGACACGCGAGUUGAUAUCGAGCUGAUGAUCGUGGCACGGUACGCCCCCGUCCUUUCAAGAGUGCUGGGCAAUAUUAACCAAUUGAUCCGCAGAAAGGGGCCAUCUCCCAAGGACUCAAAGCCUGCGACCCUGCAGAAGCCGGUUGAGAUACCAUUGAAGCCCGCGGAGCCUGCGGAGCCUGUGAAGCCUUCUCCUGAUGCUCCAGCAACCGAUGAUGUAACCGUGACUGGGAAACGCAAGCGUGAGGGCUCGAAUGACGACAGCAGCCACGAUGCCAAACGGCUCGCUAGUGCAUCAAUUCCUGACUCAAAGGGCAUUGAAGCUAUUGUUCUUGACGAUGAUGAGGGAGGUGCCAUCAUGAUCGAUGAUUGA